GCUGAGAACAGGAUCUCCAAAAUGCGGUUUGGCGCCCUCUAUCGGAAAGGGGGGAUGGCCCGGCGCCAAAAGCACCAGGCGAUUUGGGAAGCUGCGCCUUCGCCUACAGGAGGCAAACUUCUCAGCGGCCUCCCCCUCCGCGAUCAGGGAGGGAGAGGAAAGCGGAGGCAGCGUCGACGUCCGGGGGGGACCUGACACCGGCUGUUUCCCGCAACAAGGUCGCAAUGGCUGACGGAGGAAGUCGGAAGCGGCCGAAGAAGGCUCGCCGCUGCAGCCGCUAUUUUUGCACUGCGGGACGCGGGAUGGAGCCCUUCCUCAUCGAAGAAGUGCAGGCUCGUUUGGGCGCCACUCAGGUAGAAUAUAUAUCGGGAAAAGUUUUCUUCAGUACCAAUCUUGAGCUGAGUAUGUUGAAGAAACUAAAGUCAGCUGAAAGAUUAUUUUUGCUGCUAAAGAAAUGUCCUCCACUUUCCUUCCGUGGGAAUAAAGGAAGAAUAAUCCAGGAUGUUCAAAAACUUGUAAAUGAGAAUCCAAGAUGUUGGCUGGAUACAACUGCUGUCUGGAGAAGUCUUUAUGAUCAGUCGGCAAAGCAACUAAACUUGUGCCAAGAAUACCCAGAUUCCAAAAAACAGAAAUUGGAAGAGGAAAAACAUAUUGAAAAUGAAAAGCAAAAAAUGCAAAUAAUAUUAGAGACAGAUACUAUUAAAAAUCAAAUUGAAGAUCAGCAAAAAUGUGAUACACAUGAUGUUUGUAAAGACAUUUUAUUGCCUCAGGGCAGACUUUUUCUAGAAAACACUCCUGAACUUAUUCGAGACAAAACUAUUGUUUGCAAUAGUUGUUUUAGUUUCAGAGUAUCAUGUCGUUGCAGUGGAAUACUUGCAAAAUUAUUUACUGCACAGGAACUGGGGAAAAUUAUUGGAAUAGCUCUUAUGAAAAAUUUUGGAUGGAAAGCAGAUCUUAGAAAUCCUGAUUUAGAGAUUUUUGUGCAUCUAAAUGAUGUUUAUUCUGUGAUUGGGAUCCCUCUUUUCAGACUUCCCCUGGCAAGUCGAGCAUAUAUUAAAACUGCUGGAUUGAGAUCUACCAUUGCUUGGGCUAUGACAUCGCUUGCUGAAAUCAAGGCUGGAGCAUUUGUAUUGGAUCCUAUGUGUGGUCUAGGUACAAUACUUCUGGAAGCUGCAAUUGAAUGGCCUAAUGUGUAUUAUUUCGGAUCGGAUAUAAGUGAUUCACAGUUACAAGGAGCCUACUCAAAUAUUAGAGAUGCAAGCCUGAUAGAUAAAAUUGAACUAUUUAAAUCUUCCGUGACAGGAUUACCUUUCCUAUCAGAAAGCAUUGAUGUCAUUUUGACAGACAUUCCAUUUGGAAAAAAGUUCAAAAUAACAGAAGACAUGAAGUUCCUUCCCAGAGUUUUUCAAGAACUUGAAAGGGUGCUUUGUUUUGGAGGGACUGUUGUACUGUUACUUAAUCAAGAACUUUAUAAAAGUAUUUCUAAUAUUGCCCAUGGCUCUCGGACUGAGAGAUCCAUCUUUGCAGAAACUUCUACUGAUUGCAGACAAAGUGAUUUGAUAUCAGUUGAACAAGAUAAAGAAAGUAUUAGUUGUGGUACUGUUUCCCCCUCAUCUCAAGAUACAAGAGAAGAAGAUUUCAGUUACAAAAAGGGAGAUCUUGGUUCUCUGGUGUUCAUAGAAUCCUUUGAAGUUAGUCUUGGCAAGACAAAUGCAUUCAUAUGCAAGUACAAGAAGAUAACUUGAAGGAUCUAGAAGGUAACAACGGACAAGUAUGUAUAAAACACAUUGAAGGAUUUGACAAUGAGAACUGCAUAGCAAUUACUGCAAAAGAUCCUAAAGCAGGGGUGUCAAACUCAAGUCCUGUGGGCCAGAUCCAGCUCGCAGGGUACUUAGAUCUGGCCUGCAGGACUGGCCUAAAAACAGCAAAGGGCUGACCUGUG